CACAUGUUGUUACAUGUACGUUUAUUUUAUUCGAGUCUGUGUAUUGUUGGUUGUAUAUUGUAGGUGCUGUUGUACUGCGAUGCGGUCGUUUCACAUUUUGUUAUUGGCUGUGAAUGCGGUUGUUUUUAUUUAUGGCGACCAAUGUGAAGCGUUGCCGGUGUCUAACUUGGCCAGAUAUGAGUUCUUGAAAGACGUAAUGGCCGCCGACGACGUGUGGAUGCCUGUUCUCAUUCAGCAAAUCAAGCGGAACCAAGACGGCGAAAAAGUGAUCAUAGCACCUGGAAACUACGACCUGCUGGAAGACUUGGAGGUCAGCACGGAGAUCGAACCGUUUUUGGUUUUGAACAACUUGAUCGUCAGCGGCGGCUACAAGGGCACGGCCGUCGAUUACGCCGUGUACGUGAUGCGCACCGCGUUGACGUGCAUGACGCUCAAGUACGUGUCCCUUCUGAUGCACCUGACUACCUACCUGAUCGAGUUGGGCGCUUUUUUGGCCAGGAAGAUCAAAGAUUUGGCAAAUCCAGAGCUGGGAGGCAACAAAGACCUCACGACCUUGUAUUUGACUAAUACUCGAGACACGCUGAACAGCCUGAGUCAGGAUUCACACAAGAUCUUAUGCGAAACGUGCACCGAAAAUCCGGUGUACCAAUACUACGACAAGCUUGGAGUGAAAAUCGACUUCCGUAUUUUCGACGAUAGUGAAAAAGCAAAAGUCUCGUUCAAUGAGAUAAUAUUGAUGGCCACUAAUACCGAAAAACAGAUGGGUAAAACUUACUCGGUUUUGCCGCUGACACAAAUGAAAUUGGUACUCUGGGAAGACAACACUGAACCAUACGAAGACAUCGAAGAUACUACUGUUCAGUGAAUCUAAUAAUACGGAAACUGCAUUUGACAACCCGCUUUUAGUGUUUAUACACCUAUAUCUAACAACUACUAUAGACAGCAUGAUUUAUUCUAAUAAAAUAUACAU